AUGGCUAUGAAAUUAGAUGGAUCUAAUACAAACAGUUGUGUCGGUGUAAAAUUUGUGGGUGAUUUGGGUGACCUCCAAGUUAUUGAAGAAAACGAGUCUGAGGAUGAUAAAAUUUGCCAAAACCAAAAAGUUUUACGGCCUUUUAAUAAUAAACCUAACAUUCCGUCAAAUUUAAUUCAGAGUACAUUACCUGUUUUUGGAAAAGUUACUGUAGCUAACUCUGAAAAUGUGCAAUUUGGAAAUAAUACAUAUUUUAAUGGCCCUGUUACUAUUAAACAAGUGAUUCAAAAUAAAUCUGGUGUAGACAAUUCUGGCUUUGUAAAAAACGAAGAUGAUGACUCUAAUACUCAUCACCCACGUAGUGAAAAAGUGCCCAAGAACUCUGCAAAGAAGGAACAAGUAUUAUUAUGGCACAAAAUAACAUUUUCUACAGUGUGUAUCACUGUGAUUGGAAGUAUUAUUGCAAUUGUGCUUGUGUUACAAAACAAAAAUGAGCAGCGACAAGACUCUCAAAAAGAUUUUGAGAGUUAUAAAACUACUACCGAUACCACGGUGGUGGGGUUUUAUUUUGAGAAUUUUCAAGUGAUCAUCAUGUCAGUGAUUCUUUUACUUUUAACAUUGAUAAUUUCUUACUCAUUACUAACAAAAGAAAGCAUUGGUAAUGGGAUGGUGUGUGUUAUAAAGAAGAAUAAAACUUACGAUCACUGCUUCAAUCAGUAUUCUGUGCAAUACACUGAAGAAGAUAAUCCAUUACUAAUAGCACCAGAUCAUUUAAGGAUAGUGUCUCGAACGGAUUGGUUGGCUCAACCAGAGGAGGGUCCUUUGACUAAAUUAAGGCAGCCUAUACCCUGGGUGAUUAUCACGCACACGGCCACAGAGACAUGUAUUACACAGAGCAAAUGUGUGUUAAGCGUGCGCUUGAUCCAGUCAUUCCACAUAGAGUCGCGGGGUUGGUACGACAUCGGCUACAACUUCCUUGUUGGCGGCGACGGCUCAGUAUACUACGGCAGGGGAUGGGAUUACGAGGGUGCUCACACGAAAGGAUACAACAAGUAUAGUGUAGGCAUAGCUUUUAUAGGCACCUUCAACAGUGAAGGACCCCCCAAGCAUCAGGUGGAAGCUUGUGAAAAAAUUAUCGCCCAAGGCGUCCGAUUAGGCAAAUUAACGAACGACUACAAACUAUUCGCUCAUAGACAACUCAUGUCCACUCUCAGUCCCGGAGACAAAGUGUACGACAUCAUAAAAACUUGGCCCCAUUUCGUUAAAAAUGUAACGGAUUUGGAAACGUUAAUUCCUAAUUAU